AUGAUUACCUAUUUUAUCCUAUCUGUUAUUGGCCUUCUAUCGAUAGUUUUUUUUAGUGAAGCAUCAAUGUUUGCAUUAUUUACAAUAUUAUAUCCAUUUCUUUAUUUGUUCGAUCUGUAUGCCCGUCAUCAAAGGCGUAAAUUAGCACAGCCAUGGCCUGCGAAAGAUAAAGUUAUUUUAAUAACUGGUGCCUCAGGCGGAAUAGGCCGAUCAUUAGCACACGUAUUCGCGAAACAAGGAUCAAAUUUAGUUUUAUGCGCUCGAAGAGAAGAAUAUUUAACUAAUGUGGCUAAUGAAUGUCGAGAAUAUGGAGCAACUAAAGUGAUAACUGUUAAAUGCGAUAUCACUAAUGAAAAUGAAGUUUCAAAUUUAAUCAAAGCUACAGAAGAUUCAUUUAAUAAAUUGGAUUGCUUAAUUUUAAAUGCAGGAGUAUCUAUGGGUGAACCAUUUGAAAGUAUCUCCGAUUAUAAAAUCAUUAAAGACAUAAUGGACGUUAAUUACUUUGGAUCAACGAAUGUCGCGUAUCAAGCUUUAAAACUUUUAAAAAAUAAUAAAGGUAGUAGAAUUGUGGUGGUUGAUUCAUUGUUGGGAUUUAUUUCCGCUCCGCUGAGGACUGGAUAUUGUGGCUCGAAAUUUGCUCUUAAAGGAUUUUUUGAAAGUUUACAACUUGAAGUUUGGGAAUAUGAAAUGUUUGUUGGUACUGUCGUUACUAACAUAAAUGACGCUCGACUAGGUAAAAAUUCAAAACCAUUAAAUAUGAAGGGCGCGAUGUCGGCUGAUGAAUGUGCAAAUAUAAUUUAUAAAGGUGUUUGCAGAGGUGAUAAAGAAAUUGUAUUUACUACCGAAGGAAAAAUUGGAAGAUUGAUGGAGGGUGUUUUCCCGGAUGCAUGGUCUUAUUUAACAAAAAAAUUUGCCCGGAAAGCAAUCGCUGGUGAUGAUUCUUGA